AUGUGGAAAAUUUUUAUGGCCCUGCUCUGUGGAAUGGCACUGCCGCUAAUGCCAGUCACAUUAGCGCGCCUGCAUUCCACAUCCGGCGGUGGCGGAGGAGGCGGCGGCGGGGGAGGCGGCGGCAUGUCCAGUGGUGUCCUGGGUCCUGGCUCUGGCGGCGGAGGAUCCAGCGGCGGCGGAUCUUCAGGGAAAGAUGCACACGUGAAAACGAAGGACGUCGAUGCCGUCGAGGGUAAAUCAGUGUCGCUGCCUUGCCCCAUUACGGAGCCCCUGGACAAUGUCUAUAUGGUGCUUUGGUUUCGUGACAAUGCGGGCAUACCGCUCUAUAGCUUCGAUGUUCGCGAUAAGGAGGCACGGGACCAGCCCCGACAUUGGUCAGCCCCGGAGGUUUUUGGCUCACGGGCCAAAUUCCAUUUUGAUUCGCAGCCAGCAACCUUGGAAAUUAAGGAUAUCAAGCGUCAUGAUCAGGGCAUUUACCGAUGUCGUGUGGAUUUUCGCACAAGUCAAACGCAAAGUUUCCGUUUCAAUUUGUCAGUAAUAAUACUUCCGGAGCAGCCAAUCAUCUUGGAUCGUUGGGGCCGACAGCUGAAUGGCUCUCAAUUGGGGCCAAAGCAGGAGGGCGAUGAUAUCGUUAUCACUUGUCGUGUGGUGGGCGGUCGGCCCCAACCGCAGGUCCGUUGGCUCGUAAAUGGACUGCUUGUCGACAAUCAAAACGAGCACAAUUCCGGCGAUGUUAUCGAGAACCGUCUGUUGUGGCCAUCGGUGCAGCGCAACGAUUUGAAUUCCGUAUUCACAUGUCAGGCACUGAAUACGCAAUUAGAUAAGCCCAAGGAGAAGAGCUUCAUACUGGAUAUGCACUUGAAGCCUCUGGUGGUGCGAAUACUGGAGCCCCCCAGCUCGAUGAUUGCCGAUCGUCGUUAUGAAGUUGCCUGCGAAUCAUCGGGCUCUCGACCGAAUGCCAUCAUCACGUGGUACAAGGGAAAACGGCAAUUACGACGCACAAAGGACGACAUAUCAAAGAACUCGACACGCUCAGAGCUGAGCUUUGUGCCGACCACAGACGAUGAUGGCAAAUCGAUAACAUGCCGUGCGGAAAACCCAAAUGUGAAUGGCCUGUAUUUGGAGACCAUGUGGAAAUUGAAUGUCGUUUAUCCACCUUUGGUCACACUACGCCUGGGCUCAACAUUGACACCGGAUGAUAUCAAGGAAGGCGACGAUGUUUACUUCGAGUGUCACGUACAAUCGAAUCCUCAAUGGCGGAAACUGCUGUGGUUGCAUAAUGGCAUUCAUCUGGAGCACAAUACCACCGCUCGGGUGAUACGCUCCAAUCAGAGCCUGGUCCUGCAGAAGAUCACCAAGCAUUACGCCGGGAAUUAUGCGUGCAGUGCCAUCAACGACGAGGGCGAGACGGUCAGCAAUCAGCUGCCGUUGCGUGUGAAAUACACUCCGAUAUGCAAGCACUCGGACCGUGUGAUAUUAAUUGGCGCCUCCAAGGAUGAGACUGUGGAGGUUAUAUGCGAGAUACAGGCCGAUCCACCGCCGCGAACAUUUCGCUGGAAAUUCAACAACUCGGGCGAAACCCUGGACGUGGGCAGCGAACGCUUCAGCGUGAAUGGAAGUCGCAGCAUUUUAAAGUACACACCAGUCACAGAUCAGGAUUAUGGCACACUGUCCUGCUGGGCCGCCAACGAGGUGGGCACCCAGCAGCAUCCCUGUCUCUUCCAAGUGGUCCUGGCCGCUCUGCCGAAUGCCGUCAGCAAUUGUACCGUCUUCAACCGCACAGAGCUGAGUGUUGACAUACAGUGCAUACCGGGCUAUGACGGCGGCCUGCCUCAAAUAUUUGUACUGGAAAUGUUUUCAACACGCACCGGCAUCACCAGAUUCAAUUUGAGCAACGCGGAGGAGGCCCUCUUCUCGCUGGAGAACCUGGACACGCUGACCUCGAUGAUGGUCCAGGAGAACAAUUCGCUGAGGCUACGCAUCUACUCGUACAACCAGAAGGGACGAAGCGCCGCUUAUCUCCUGCCCGAUUUCAUAAUUGGCUCAACAGCUUACAAGACAGACGACGACGUAACACUGACAUUGUCGCCGGUGAUUGUUGGAAGUGUCCUGACCAUCAUAAUUAUUGGUGUUGCCAUCGCGAUACGAAUAUUUGUGGUGACAUUUGUGCACAAUUUGCGGCGCAAUCGUCAUCACGGCAGCAAGGCAACGGCUGCCGGUGUAACGGCCCAGCCGGGGGAUGUCUUCAAGGGCGGCAACCUGGAGAAACCGCGAUGGCAGCACACGGACAUAAAAACGAAGUCAUCGGAGGAUUUGGUCGAGGACGAACGUGAUCCGGAUGUAAUACCAUCGCAAUAUGUUGGCGGCAGCAGCGCCGGCAGCAGUGGCAGCAAUGCCUCGAACGUUGGCAGCACCACAGCGGGCACCACCACUGGCAGCAGCACAUCCACUGCGGUGGUGGCAACGGCAGCAACGGCAGUGGCAGCAGCAGCAGCAGCAGCAGCAGCAGCAUCAGCAUCUGCAUCUGCCACAGGAGCAGUGGCUGGCGGUGGCGGCGGCGAACGGGAUGCCCAUCAGUUCACAUCAGCCACGAGCCUGGGAGGAGGUGUCUCCAAAUGGUCACCCAACGGCAAUGUGGUGCCCCUGACGACGACGACGACGAUGCUGUCCGGCGAUCCGGCGACGAAUGCGACGGUCACCUACAAUCAAAUCAACGCGCAGCGGGCCCAGCUGCUGGCGGCCGUGGCAGCGGCGGGCGGAGGGUGCAGCAGCACCGUCAUCUCGCCCAGCAGCAGCAUGAUGGGCAGCCUGGGGGGCAAGCCGCCGCUGGGACUGGGCGGCACCAUCAUCGGCUCCCCGACGUCCCUCUCCUCGACAGCCACGCUGGCGGCCCACCUGCAGCCGGUGCACAGCAGUGGCGUGGGCACCCUGCCACCUGGCUUGGGUAGCGGCGGUGGCUACAUACUGAACGCGUAUGCCAGUGGCCGGAUGCACCACCCACUGCAGCAGGUGGGUGUCGGUGGAGCCACUCACACGGCCACUCUGAAUCGGCAUCACCAUCAGCAGCAGCAGCAACAGCAACACCAUCAUCAUCAUCACCAGCAGCAGCAGCAGCACCCGCACCAUUCGGGCUCCAGCCUGCUGCUGGGCAGCGCCGGCAGCGUCAUGGGCGUUGUGGGCCUGGCCAACAACACAGCCUCGACCACGACUACAACCACCUCGUGCAACUCGUCGCAGGACUUGGAUGAUAACAUUAAUAUAAAUGCGAUUAAGGACUGCCUCAUGACGCAGCGCGUGCCCGAGAGUUGUGUGUAAGAGCCAGAGGCUGCUUGAGGAACCGUGAGUAUCCCCAGAUAAUCCAGAUCUACAUAGGUAUAUAUGUGUGUGGGUGUGUGUAUUUAGCAUCUAGGAAUAUGUAUGUAUCUAUGUCAUAGUUUUAUUCUCGUUAAGGUGCUGUGCAUAUCUAAUCUACUCUUAAGACAUACAUAGGACUAAACACUGACUCUGUAAAACUGAGCAAAAACUAAGCGAAAAUCUGCAUAUCUUCAUGGCGAUUGAUUGCAUAUCCAUUGUUACAUCCUACAUACAU